AUGACAUUAAGCCAGAUUAGUACUUUUCCAUUGCCUUUCCUUAUUCAUUCAAAGACCUGCAAAGAGUCGCCUCUUCCACUCCUAUCUUCGCGUCUCCUACUCCUAUCUUCGCGUCUCCUACUCCUCUCUUCGCGUCUUCCACUACUCUCUUCGCGUCUCCUACUCCUCUCUUCGCAUCCCCUACUCCUCUCUUCGCGUCUUCCACUCCUCUCUUCGCGUCUCCCACUCCUCUCUUCGCGUCUCCUACUCCUCUCUUCGCGUCUCCUACUCCUCUCUUCGCGUCUUCCACUCCUCUCUUCGUGUCUUCCACUCCUCUCUUCGCGUCUCCCUCUCUCUUCGCGUCUUCCACUCCUCUCUUCGCGUCUUCCUCCUCUCUUCUCUCCCUCCCUGUCUUCGUCCCCUUCCUCCUCCCUCUCUCGCGUCUUCCACUCCUCUCUUCGCGUCUCCUACUCCUGUCUUCGCAUCCCCUACUCCUCUCUUCGCGUCUCCUACUCCUCUCUUCGCGUCUCCCUCCUCUCUUCGCGUCUUCCACCCUCUUUUCGCGUCUCCUCUCCUCUCUUCGCGUCUCCUACUCCUCUCUUCGCGUCUUCCUCCUCUCUUCGCGUCUCCUACUCCUAUCUUCGCGUCUUCCACUCCUCUUUUCGCGUCUCCUACUCCUCUCUUCGCGUCUCCUACUCCUCUCUUCGCGUCUUCCACUCCUCUCUUCGCGUCUUCCACUCCUCUCUUCGCGUCUCCUACUCCUCUCUUCGCGUCUCCUACUCCUCGCGUCGCGCAUUUGCGCUUUCCUUUAAAACCCUUAUCUCUUUCUUUCUUUCUUUCUUUCUUUCUUUCUUUCUUUCUUUCUUUCUUUCUUUCUUUCUCUCAACUUCUCUUUCUCUUUACACCUCUCUCUCUUUCCAUCUCUCUCUCUCUACUUCUCUCUCAACUAACGAGAGGGCAUUUGCACUUUCCUUUAAAACCCUUAUCUCUUUCUUUCUUUCUUUCUUUCUUUCUUUCUUUCUUUCUUCCUUUCUUUGUCUCUCAACUUCUCUUUCUCUUACCAUCUCUCUCUCUUUCCAUCUCUCUCUCUCUCUACUUCUCUCUCAACUAACGAGAGGGCAUUUGCACUUUCCUUUAAAACCCUUAUCUCUUUCUUUCUUUCUUUCUUUCUUUCUUUCUUUCUUUCUUUCUUUCUUUGUCUCUCAACUUCUCUUUCUCUUACCAUCUCUCUCUCUUUCCAUCUCUCUCUCUCUACUUCUCUCUCAACUAACGAGAGGGUAA